AACUUUUUCGUCAAAAAAUUACAAUAUGUAACUAAAAUGAUUUUUUGUGUAUAUAUAUAUAGCAAUAACAAAAGGGAAGUUUCUAUAUAAAGUCGUUAAAUUAGAAAAGUGACCUAUUUGCUAAAACAUGCACCGCACGUUCUCUCAACCAUCCACAAAAACUAACACCAAAAUCUCUUCCAUUCUCCAUCAAAAGAGCAAAACUUUGCCUAAUUAAAAUCCUUCUCUUCUUUCUUUGCCUGCAAAAUCCCUUUUCUUCUCCAAACGCCAAACUUUGCAUUAUUUUCCUUUUCUUUUCACCUCCCUUUUAUCCUCGUUUCCUCGAGUAUCAUAUAACACAAUUAUAUUGUUGCAUUGUCAUUGUGUAUCCUAUUUUAACUUAGCUUGAAUCAGAAAGAUGGUUCGAGCAGCGCUUGAGGAAGCGAAAGAAAUGUGCAAGGCACGGUUGUUGCAUUUCAAAGGAAAAUCUGAAGAUGGAACAGGACAGGAAACAAAAAGUGUGACUAUUGAGACCAAUAAUAGCAGCGAUUCAGGAGAUGAAAAGGCCACGUCGAAAAGUGAAGAUCAGCCUGUUGAAUUUCAAAAGACUGGGUGUGUGCUUAGUCGCAGCGAGUCUAUUAAGUUGCGUUUGUCCAACGAUUCAUCCGUUGUCCCUAGCCCACGCUCGAAACAGAGCCAGCCUUCAGAUAUGGAGCUGAUGAAGGAAAAGUUUGCAAAGUUGCUGCUUGGAGAGGAUAUGUCUGGUGGAGGAAAGGGUGUGUCUUCUGCGCUGGCACUGUCAAACGCAAUCACAAACCUAGCAGCUUCUUCCUUUGGGGAACAGAAGAGAUUAGAACCUAUGCCAGCAGAUAGAAAAGCCAAAUGGAGAAGAGAAAUCGAUUGGUUGUUAUCUGUAACAGAUCAUGUUGUUGAAUUUGUUCCUUCUAAACAAAUAUCAAAAGACGGAACAUGCAUGGAGGUUAUGGUGACAAAGCAGAGAACUGACCUUCAAAUGAACGUUCCAGCAUUACGCAAGCUAGAUGCUAUGCUUCUUGAUUGCUUAGAUAGCUUUAAAGACCAAAAUGAGUUCUCCUAUGUAUCAAAUGAUGACGAAUCACAGGAAGGAAGGAGCGAUGACAAAUGGUGGAUACCGACUCCUAAGGUUCCCACUAAUGGCUUGUCUGAUGUUACAAGGAAAUGGCUGCAAUUUCAGAAGGAUUCAGUAAACCAAGUUCUUAAAGCAGCCAUGGCCAUAAAUGCUCAAAUCCUGUUAGAAAUGGAAAUCCCUGAAAGUUACAUAGAUUCCCUACCUAAGAAUGGGAGAGCAAGUCUUGGAGAUGCGAUCUAUAGGAGUAUCACUGAUGAGUACUUUGAUCCUGACUACUUCCUCACAACUAUGGACUUGACUUCAGAACAUAAAAUUUUAGACCUCAAGAACAAACUUGAGGCUUCUGUAGUUAUUUGGAGACGAAAGAUGACCUCUAAAGAUGGGAAGUCAGCAUGGGGUUCUGCUGUUAGUGUAGAGAAGAGAGAAAUCUUUGAAGACAGAGCAGAGACUAUCUUGCUUAUUCUUAAGCAGCGCUUCCCUGGAAUUCCUCAGUCAUCUCUAGACAUUAGCAAAAUCCAAUACAAUGAGGAUGUGGGGCAAGCUAUUUUAGAAAGCUAUUCAAGAAUAAUAGAGAGCAGGGCGCACACAGUCAUGUCACGGAUUGAAGAUGUUCUCCAAGCAGAUGCUACUGCCCAAAAUCCUUCCUGUGCUGAAGUAAAGAGGUCUCCUUUAAGAGAUUCGCUACGCGUAUCACCAUCAGGCAGCUUCCCAAAUGCCAGGGAAGAAGUAGAAAAGCUUAACGCUGCAGAUAAUCCAACUUCAAUGACAUUGUUGGAUUUCAUGGGUUGGACAGUGGAACAAGGAGAAAAUGACACAAAGAAAGACGUGACGGAAGACAUAGACAUUGAUGCAAAGAAACCACCUAAUAUAGUCACAAACAAGAGACUUUCCUACUUAGAUAACUUAGUUGGUGCUAGAAGUCCAACUGCACGCCACUAAAUGAUCUCUGCAGAACACUGAUCUACUCAUCAGAAGCAAGAAAGAGGAAUUCAUCAAAGUGACAAUCAGCGUCAAAUGUACAUACUCAGAUGAACCACAUACACCUAGGAUUUCACUAAGUCAUUCCUAUUGUAAAUAGGGAAUAUCUAGUUAGUAGGACUGCUGGUGUGUCACUUUUUGAAAUGAUCAACUCUGCAGAAGAUGUCACCUCGUUGACAAAUAACCACGGAAAUUAUGGACUUUUUUAUAGUCCAUUCUUACCGUGGAUAGCCUCUGCCAAAAGAGUUUUGUAAUCUGCAACUUUGAGUUUACACGGCGAUAUAGUGUAAAAUUUGGAUUUAAAGCAAUUCCUUUGCAAUUUAUAAGUAAUUUUUCCUUUCAAUUUUCUCCUUUGGAAAGAAACAGUGAGCAAAUAUGAAGUCAGUGACUUGACAUGGUGAUCCAAAUUUAAUGAUGCUUCCAGUUUUAGUGAAGUAAGAAGUUCCAAAGGCCUCUUCGAAGUAAAAGUAGGUUAUUGACUUCCUAAACAAAGGUUAAUUAAAAACAUUAAAUGG